AAGGGCUUGCUGGGAACUUCCACCUCACUUACGCGCCGAGUCAUAUAAAGACCUACAUACUUUACUGCCAUGCACAGACACAUAUUGGUGGCCCUAUUUAUCCUUUUUAUUGCCGGUAAUGCGAUUGCAAUGCGCCGCUGUUUUCCUACACGUCGUCCGCAUAGAUAUUCAAUCAGGAACUUCAUGAACAGCUCCGAGCGUAUAUGGACGUGCAGAACAUCUAGACUAACUGGCACCCGUUGCCAGUUUGACCAAAGGCGCAUUAUGAACGCACUGACAAUUUUCUUCAACAGAACGAUCUUGAUCCGAGGACAAAGGUAUAGCAUACGGCUGCGGGGAGAAUUUGAUCCACUACGCAGAGAUCGCAUGGAUGUUAGUACCCUAGGUAUGCAAGCUGUUUCUCGCGAAACGUUGAUUUAUGAGGCUCCAAAUUCUUCGUGUGGUGUCGUGCAGCUUGGGCUACUAGCGCGAGAUGCUGCGUUAUAUUAUGAGCUCCGAGUGAAGAACUCUUCUAUCGAAGGCAUGAUUGAUAGAGAGUGCUGGAGGCACUUUCAUUGCGUCGCCCAUCGAGAAGUAUAUGUUUACAAUUCGGAAUGCCAACAUCACGUUCGCCCACGCGAAUGAAUUCAUGAUAUACUGCCCUUAAAAAUUUAUCUUUGACAAGCUGCACAUAUUUCACCUUACCAACAGCGGUGCAUAUAAAUGCUGCCAUUAUUCGCACGUGGCAUUCCAAGCUAAUAAAAAAAAAACAAAGUGGUCCGCUGCUGUCAGGCAUGAUGGGCAUGUACCUUUAGGUUGCAAUA